UAAAAAUUGUUUACAAAAACUUAAACCCAAAUUAAUCACAAUUCCUCACACAGAUGCAGCUUUAAAGCACACAGAUGCAAAAGCAAAGGAAGCACAAGGCAACACAAAAUAUUGUUAAAAUAUAUGAGCACAAUCAUCUCACUUGUAGUUCUAGCUGUGCAUGUCGACCAGCGUCUCUUGCCUCCAUCCUUCUGUCAGCUAGCUCAGGCCUAACGUUAGCUGUUUUGUUUUGAAUUCAUUACUAGUCUGCCCGAAGCAUAUAAAACUCCACCCUCUAAUCGGGCGUUCAUUUGUUUUACAAAUUUCACUGUGCCUUCAAUCAGCCCAACCACCAAUCUGUAAAUGUGUAGCCGAAACUCCCCGAUGCUUUGUACGCGGUUUAACUUGACGCCUGCUUUAGCUCCAUGUGGCUGGCCAGUGUGUGAAAGCAUCAGCAUGGAAAUGUUGAAGAUAGAGCAAGUCAUUGUUGGGAGUGAAAUGAGGUCCACCUCAGCGGAGAUCAAGUCUGAGCCCGUUGUCACCCCUCUGCAGUCCUAUCAGCAUGAGAGUCUGCAGUGUUUUCAGUGCUUCAUCACCUUCUGUAACUCCAAAGCCAAGGAGAGACACAUGAGGAAGAGUCAUCGGGACCAGUACAAACAGCAGCUGCAGCAGACUAAUACGGUUUUUACUUGUUACAAGUGUGACAAGUGCUUCACCUCCUCCGAGGAGCUCAGCCAGCACCAGGCCACCCACAGCAGAGAGGAGAAGCCCUUCUGCUGCCCUUACUGCCGGAAAAGCUUCUUUACCUUCACUGAGCUGAACAAACACAGACGACAUGAAUGCAUAGAACGACGAUGUCCCUGCAGAGACUGUGGCGCCUUGUUCCCCAGUCCCUCACGACUUCGCAACCAUCGCAUUGCAGUGCAUCCCCAGAGCCCGGUAGUGGCUGAUGACAUCAACACCUACCAAUGCUGCAAAUGUGGCCGCGGUUUCCAGACAGAAGAAGAGCUCCUGCAGCACCAGGAGAGAUUUGCUAGUGAUCUAAACUGUGACAUUAAACUGCAAGGCAAAAAACGUGGCCGUAAACCCAAGUACACAGCUCACGGAGGGAUGGUUGUCAGCAAGAAGAUCAAACGGGAGGAGAUAGGAGGGGGAUGCAAAGGAUAUGAUGACUCUCCAACAGAGGGAUGUCCCUCCAAUGAGCCGCAACCAGAGCUCAAGAUCCCUUGUCCCGAAGCAGAUUGUGACCUCAUAUUUCCUUCUGUAGCAUCCUUGCGGGCACACAAGAGGGAGAAACAUGGGCCUCCCACUCGCAAGACUCAUGCAUGCACAGAGUGUGAUGAGAGCUACGCUCGGCCUGAGCAGCUCAAAGCACACAUGGCCAGGGCUCACUGCUCUGGAUACACCUGCCCCACCUGUGGAAAGAGCUUUGCACGAGAGAGUGCUCUAAAGGUCCACCAGAGCACCCACACUGAGGGAGAGAAGGCAGCAGAAAAAAGAUAAUAUAUGGGGAAAAGACUGCAACUUCAUCCCACAGCAUUCAGUUAAAUGAUUGUCAGAGUAUUUCUUACCAUAUUCUGUUUAGUGUAGGAAGAAGAUUUUUAUGUGAUUAUUUUAGGGUGAGAGUUUUUGAAACAAGGUUAUGCAACACAAUUGUAUUAUGGAGGUUUGUUUUUUUUAGUAGCUUUUAGAGAGACAUCCUACAUUGUGAAUAAAACUCUGUACCGCUCUGUACAUAAUUAUGAUUUAUGUCCACUCUGAAACCAUGUCACAAGGCCCUUUUUGCUGCCCAUAUUACCUCUGUCGUACCUGAAAUGUUUUAUAUUCAUUGUAGAGUAGCUAUAUCUCCCUCAAGUGUGGGAAUAUUUUGUAUUUAACUGUAUUUUAUUUUCAGGAAAACUCAUAAAGGUGAGAACUACACGGAGAAUGUAAGUCCUAAACAUAAUGAAAUCCAAAAUCCGAUAAAUGGGCCAGUGUAUAGGAUUUUUUAUUAUGGGACAUCAAUGAUGUAAUCUCGGGGUCUUAUUUUUCUUUCCAAAAGAAAAUAAUUGUUGCAUUAAAUAAUACUUACAUUU